AUGCCGCCGCCAGAAAAGACUCCCCUGCCGCCGGCCGCGAAGCCACGCUUAAGCAACAACUUCGAUCCGUACAAUUCCAGCGCUACCGGCCAUCAACGCCCGGAGACGGCACCCGGCGCGACUCUCGGGUGGCGGGACAGCCGAGCCCGCAAACUCGCCGGGCAGUUCGCUGCGGGCCACUCCGGUGGCGUCCGCAUGAGCGAUACUUACGGCGCCGGGAGCGAAGACUACGAUGAGAAGCUCAAGAUGGUUGUGCCCAAGAACGUCAGGGCACGGGCAACGACGAGCGUUGCCGACAUGCUCGCGAGGCCGGGGCUGACGAGGAGCGGCUCGUCCAUCUCUGACGCUGGAUCCGCUGCUUCGACGACAUCAGCCGUGAGAGGAGAUUCAACAAACGAGGAAGCCAUUAUGGAGGCCCGCAGGAGGGAGGACGAAGAAAAGGAGGAGAAAGCAGCUGCUGGACUUGGCUUGUUCGAGGGCGUAACUGUCUAUGUCAACGGCAGCACGCAUCCCAUUAUCUCGGACCACAAGCUCAAGCGCGUGCUGGUCGAAAAUGGCGCCCGCAUGUCGAUACACCUCGGCCGGAGGCAGGUUACGCACGUCAUCGUGGGCAGGCCGGCGGGAGUCGGGGCUGGAGCCGGCGGUGGCCUCGCAAGUGGCAAGCUGGAGAAGGAGAUUCGCAAGGUGGGCGGCUGUGGAGUGAAGUACGUUGGAGUCGAGUGGUAUGUUCUCCUGACUAUCUUCUUCAUACCUGCAAACAUGUACUGA